CCAUUGCGGAGGAUGCAAAGAUGGGCUACAGCUACACACCAUCGUGGAGGAUGCUUCAGAAACCUCUAUCUACCCAUCUUCUUCCACAGCAAAGUUGCUAUAAAAUAGCUUAGAAUCCAGAGCUCCAUGCGACCUCCAUGGACGUAGCAGAACAGUGAGUAGCAGUGCAACCGUUUCAAGAAAGCCCGGAGGAGAGAUGGAGAGGCUGCCUGCGCUGCACCUGGCAGUGGUUGCUCUGGUCUUGUGCUGCUGCCUCAUCCAUGCAUCAAGUGCUGCCGAUACUUCGUUUCCUCCUGGCUCGAGGGUCCUGCAGGAGAACGGCGCAAAUGAUCAGACGGUGGUCGCCGGAGAAGCGGAGGCCGGCAACGUCGUCAACGGGAGGAUGGAUCAGGAGCUGGAGGACUACCCGGGCUCCGGCGCCAACGACCGGCACUCGCCGUGGGGGAAGGAUCGGAGGAACUGAGUUGUUGCACGCAGCGGUUCAACAGAAUUCAGAGCCACUUCUUCAGAGUUUCAGACUUAGCCACCACCAUAAGAGUGUACACCUGUACUCUGACAUCUGCCACGUCAACACACUCUGUUUGUUAUAUAUUUUGGUGUGACAUGUGAACCAGAGGGCUUAUUGUUUGCAAAGAGGGUUAAGAAGUAAUUAAGCUUCGGUCUAGUUAUCUCAACCGGGUUUUAUUUA